AAUCAGGCUUGUGUGUGAGAAUAUUGCUCUGUCCUUAACAUCUUUUCAUUUGAAUUGUUGCAAAAUCACAGUGACGAUCGAAGUUGCAUCUUUAAUAGAUGAUCGUCAUAAGGCAUUUCGGAUUUAAUGUUCCAGUUACCCGGGAAUGCUGACCCUGUUAAAAUUGUCAAUUUAGCCUUUUUUUCAAUUGGCAGAGGCUUUUUAAUGAGAGGAAAACAAAAAAAACUUCAGAAAAAAUUGAAUUCCACUGAAAAUAUGCCUUUCUGAUCUGGCCUGAAGUUUACACUUCGUAGCAGCAAUUGAACAUUUGUUUUCGCCCUUUGGGAGCAAUUUGCAGUCUGUAUGUUCCCCAGCAGAAAGAACCGACAUUUUAACAGCCUGUUUUAAACAGAACUACAAGUGCCACAAACUGCGUGCCAAAAUAAUGGACCAAGUAUCAGCAAGUGUCUGCAUGUUGUUCCUCGCUGUGACCUCAACUAUUAGCUCGGGAACACUCCAGAGUCACAUGCCCAAUGUUUGUGCAGAGAGGGAAGUGAUGAUGAUUGGCCACAGGCAGCCAUUUGUUCAGGCCUUCACUCGGAUGGUUAAAGUCUGGAAACAAGGGUGUGGAGGACAGAAGUGGUGCGUGGGACAAGAGAGGAGGACAGCAUACUAUACAGCGUACAGACAGGUUUACAGCAUGGACUUUCAGGUGGUCUUCAAGUGUUGUCCUGGGUGGAUGCAACUCAACAAUGAAGCUGGAUGUCUGUACCCCAUUUGUAGCUAUGGUGUAUGCUUUAAUGGUGGCAAGUGUAUUGAAGGAAUGUCGCUGUUGUGCCACUGCUCACAGGGAUUCCAAGGACCUCGUUGCCAAUAUGAUGUGAAUGAAUGCGAAGAGGACAAUGGAGGGUGUGAAGGUCAAUGCUGUAACACCAUUGGCAAUUUCUACUGCAAGUGUCAGGAGGGUUUGAAGUUGAAGGCUGAUGGGAAAACCUGUGAAGACGUGGAUGAGUGCCAAGUCCAUAAUGGAGGUUGUCAGCACAAAUGUGUAAAUACCCUGGAAUCACAUUAUUGCGAGUGUAAACCAGGCUUCCGGCUUCACACUGAUGGGCGUACCUGUAUUGGUGUCAGCUCGUGCUCCAUAGGUAAUGGAGGUUGUGAGCAUGAUUGUGUUCAACUGUCGGUAGCACACUAUCAAUGUAAGUGUCGGCACAACUAUCAGCUAAAGGAGGAUGGAAAGCACUGUGAACUGAAGAAUCCAUGUGCAGAUAAGAAUGGUGGCUGUAUGCAGAAAUGCCGUAACCACCAUGGCAUUGUCAAGUGUGAGUGUCACCCAGGAUACAGAUUGGCUAAUGAUGCCAAAGGAUGUGAAGAUAUUAAUGAAUGCAUGAAUGGAUCAGCUGAUUGUUCCCAUGGAUGUCUGAACAUGCGUGGAACAUUUUCCUGUGUCUGUAAUGCAGGCUAUGAGCUAGGUGCUGAUGGGAAGCAAUGCUACCGGAUUGAGAUGGAGAUCGUCAACAGUUGUGAAUUAAACAAUGGAGGAUGUUCCCAUCACUGUCGCCACACCACGAGUGGUCCACUCUGUAGCUGUAAUCAAGGCUUUCACCUGGAUGCUGAUCAGAAGACUUGUGUAGAUGUGGACGAGUGUGACGUUGGUACUGGCUGCUGUGAACAGGAUUGCUUCAAUACACCUGGUGGAUACGAGUGUGGUUGUCAUGCAGGCUAUCGGCUCAGUCUGGAUGGCUGUACAUGUGAUGAUGUUGAUGAAUGCGCCGGAGAGAAUGACAUUUGUGAGCACACCUGCCAGAACACAGCUGGCUCUUUCCAGUGUUUCUGCAACAUUGGAUACAAGCUGGAGGAGGAUCGCAAGAGCUGUGCACCUCUGGAUGACCCAGUGGAGGCACUCAGUGGCCAGCCUGGAUUUGGAAGACACAUUCCUGAGGUGAGCUUCUACCAUGGAGAAGAAUUUACCGAGUUAUUUGAUGAGGAGAAUGAAGAAACUGGGGAAGGGGAAGCACGAGGAGAAUUCACCCUUUCACAGAGCUUUGUGUGCUGGGACGGGAGCUUUGGACAUGAUUGCAGCUUGUUGUGUGAGGACUGUAGGAAUGGUGGCACCUGCAACGAAGCACGUGAUGGAUGUAUUUGCCCAGAAGGUUGGACUGGAAUCUUGUGUAACCAGACCUGCCCGGAGGGAACAUUUGGCAAAAAUUGCAGCUUCCUGUGUAAGUGUAAGAAUGGUGCAACAUGCGAUCCACUGACUGGGAAGUGCCGCUGCCCUCCAGGAGUUGGUGGCGAGAUGUGUGAGGAUGGGUGCCCCAAGGGAUUAUAUGGAAAGACCUGCAACAAGAAAUGCAACUGUGCCAACAAUGGGCGUUGCCACCGUAUCUAUGGAGCCUGUCUCUGCGAUCCUGGCCUUUAUGGACGUUUCUGCCACUUACCUUGCCCAAAGUGGACCCAUGGGCCUGGCUGUUCGAAUGUGUGUCAUUGUGACCAGCGCAACACCCUGGAGUGUAGCCGCAAGGAUGGAAGAUGCACUUGCAAACCUGGUUAUCAUGGUAACACUUGCCAUAAAGCGUGUGAUCAUGGCUAUUAUGGAGUUGGAUGUAACACCAAAUGUAACUGCUCAGUUGGUGUUUCCUGUGACCGUGUGACUGGCGAGUGCGAAAUUCUGUGUCCUAAAGGAUAUCACGGAAGGAACUGCAGUCAAGAAUGUGCCAGUAACAAGUUUGGAGUGAAUUGCCUGCAGACGUGUGACUGUGGAGGAGCCCCAUGUGACAGUGUGACUGGAAAGUGCAGCUGCCCGGCUGGAAAAAUGGGCCCUGCCUGCAAGAAAGAGUGCCAAGCGGGUCACUGGGGCGUGGCCUGCAAGGGGAUUUGCCCCAUCUGUGAAAACAACGGGACCUGCAAUAAGAAGACUGGGCAGUGUACCUGCCCACCAGGAUUCAUGGGGAAGUUGUGUCAGAGCUCAUGCCCUACCAGCCGAUAUGGCCUGGGCUGUCAGAUGCGAUGUACAUGUGAGAACGACGGUCAUUGCCAUCCAGUGACAGGGCAUUGCACAUGUUCUGUAGGAUGGACUGGCCAUAACUGCAGAAGAGCCUGCGAUGCCGGACGGUGGGGCCCAGACUGUGUGAAUACCUGUGACUGCAGGAACAGUGAUGGGAGCUGCAACAGUGUCACAGGACAGUGCAUCUGUGAGGCAGGUUUUACUGCUCAGCGCUGUGAUCAGAAGUGCCCUAAAGGAAGUUAUGGACCAGGCUGCCGACACAAGUGUCAGUGUGAGAAUGAAGCCGCUUGUGAUCAUGUGAGUGGAGCCUGUAACUGUACAGCAGGUUGGCUUGGAAUGUUCUGUGAACGAGCUUGUCCUGAUGGGUUUUAUGGCUUGGAGUGUCGUCAGAUGUGUGAUUGCUUCAAUGGUGCACAUUGUAAUCAUGUAACGGGGACCUGCUCAUGUCUUCCUGGCUGGAUUGGACUGAACUGCAAUCAGUCUUGCCCAGAACAUUCAUUCGGGGAGAACUGCAGCCAAUCUUGUCAUUGCCAAAAUAAUGCUAGCUGUGAUCAUGUGACCGGUCAGUGCAGCUGUCUUCCUGGCUGGAUGGGAGCCACAUGUCAGAGAGCAUGCUCGGCCGGUUUCUAUGGUGCCAAUUGCUUGCAAAAGUGUAUCUGUCGCAAUGGUGGAACAUGUGAUCAUGUGACUGGUCACUGUACGUGCCCAUUAGGUUGGACAGGAGUGGCAUGUGAACUGGAAUGUACUCCGGGAAAGUACGGACUGGACUGCCAGCUGCUGUGUAACUGCCUGAAUGGGGGACUGUGUGAUCAUCAGAGUGGGAACUGUACCUGCCAGCCAGGGUGGAUAGGUGACAAAUGUGAAACCCCUUGUCCCAAAGGUACCUAUGGAGAGCUCUGUGAGGAACAUUGCAACUGUGAGCAUGGAUCAUCAUGUCAUCAUGUGACAGGAAGCUGCCAGUGCACCAGGGGAUGGAGAGGGAGACGAUGCGAGAAAGCUUGUUGGCCUGGCUACUAUGGUGACAAUUGUGUGCAGCGGUGUAACUGUUCCCCCAACACCCCCUGCAACCAUGUGACGGGCGAAUGUGGUUGUCCUCCAGGAUUUGCAGGCAAUGGAUGUGAGCAGACUUGCCUCCCGGGUACUUAUGGACAGAACUGUAACCAAGUGUGCCAGUGUUCAGCUCAAAACCAACAAUGCCACCCAGUGAGUGGAGAAUGCGUCUGUGCACCUGGUUACCAUGGAGACAAUUGCAACCUGAGAUGUCCAGAUGGGAGGUAUGGAUCCAACUGCGCCCAACUAUGUCGAUGUUUGAACGGAGGCCUGUGUGAGACAGUGAGUGGGACAUGUAUCUGUCCACCUGGGUAUGUCGGAGCUGACUGUAAUCAGACCUGUCCUGCUGGCUACUAUGGGACAGAUUGCUCCACAGCUUGCUCAUGUGGAGAAGGUGCAGAGUGUGACCAUGUGACUGGAAGAUGCAUCUGCCCAGCAGGCAGGAUUGGCUCUCGAUGUCAGCACGUGUGUCCUAAAGGCAGGUUUGGUCAGGGAUGCCAGUAUGUCUGCAUGUGCAAGAAUGGAGGGUUAUGCAACCCAGUUGAUGGCUCCUGUUCCUGUGGUCUGGGCUGGACCGGGGCCCUAUGUGGACAAGUGUGUCCCCUUGGAUUUCACGGAGAAAACUGCCAGCAUUUGUGUGACUGCAGAAACAAGGCAGCUUGUCACCCUGUAACUGGCCAGUGCCUGUGCUCAGCUGGUUACUACGGAGACUACUGUGAGAAAGAAUGCGAGGAAGGACGUUAUGGGGAGCAAUGCCAGCAGAUGUGCGACUGCGAAGGAGGUGUGGCUUGUGAAGCCAUAACAGGAAAAUGCCUCUGUCUGCCAGGGAAAACUGGCACAAGGUGUGAUGUUGAUUGUCAAACUAAUCGCUAUGGCCCCAGCUGCUCCUUGAACUGCAAAUGUUCCAAUAAUGGUCGCUGUGACUCCCAGAACGGACACUGUACCUGUCUGUAUGGUUGGACUGGGCCUACCUGUGAGGAAGGAGGGCCUCCAAAGCCACCACAUCACCUGCAACAUGAACCACAAGGAAACAUGGCAUCAGAUGGGUCAUCAAGAUUAUAGUCACCUGAGUGAGCUGGAUAUCAUUCUGACCAGUGCCAACGAGACUGUUUCUGGACAUUUUACACCUUCUCCCCCAACCUGCAUUGUCAAAGCCACCUUUCAGAAACACUGCUGAAAGCAAAACCAUUAUACAGUAAAAUCUCAAAUGAAGAAUCAGGAAUGGCUGUGAGUCCAUGCCAUUUUUCCGCCCAGUGAUAUUUUAUUCAGGAAUGGACAGCUGAUGGAUUUUAGGAUCCAACUUCCUGUCGGGCUCAAAAUUCAAGAAAUGAGCAAGAAAUUCAAACAUAAAGCUUCCUCCCCCGGUCACAAAAUGAGGGUCUGAAUUCCUGAACAGUAAACAAACUCAAACUCUGUGGGUGCUAAAUGUUUUUGAUGUCUUAAAGACUUUUUAUAUAAAUAUAUAUAUAUAUAAAUAUAUAUAUGUACAUACAUAUAUUUUAUUUUUAUAAACCAAAUCCCAGGAAGGCAAGAUUAAUAGAGAUAGCAACCCAGAGUUUGGCGAGACAAUGUAUAUUAAUCCUGGUUCCAAAGCAGCAAAAUAAGUGACCAAAGAUGUUAAAGAUCAGACCUCCUGUCACAUCAUGGCUAGCAUGGUAUGUUGGCCAUUGUGUCUUUUGAAACAAAAAUGGACAUUUGUAAUCUGACUUUGGCUACAUUGCAGUAAAUAAGAAGCAUCAAUGUUGCAGGACUUCAGAAUGAAAUACUAAGGAUUAUGGAGCUCAGUGUAAAUGAUGUGUGUUAACCAUUGUACAAACACUCAGCAUGGAUGUUGGUAAGCAUAUUGGAGUGGCAUGGUGUUGAGAGAACAUGCCUUAGAUAGACACUUCCAUUACAGUCUGCUUCAUCCAGUUCAUCAAAGCUUCCACCACCUUGAGCAUCAGUCAGUCUGUGUUGUCUCCGUAUCACUGGCUAAUUUCAGCUGAGGCUCAUCUUGGCUUCAUUUAACUGGAUUCAGAAAGACAGGGACUUAACAAUUGAUCAUUGCCCGGUUCGUCUAGUUGGAGAUCAUGUUGCUUAGCCAGAACCACAGCAGAAUGCAUUGAAUAAAAGUCUUUUCAAAAGGACAAACUUGCUAUGUUUCAAAGUAGUUAAAAAUGAAACCUCCUGCCAUGUGGCAUCUGGCAUGGAUUUCUGAAAAAAAGCAUUUGAUAAAGUGCCUCACAAAAGGUUAUUACACAAGGUAAAGCCUUUGGAUGUCAGGGGUAAUAUGUGGGUGAGAAGAGGAUUGGUGAACAUAAAGAAAUUGGAAAGAUGGGAGGACUGGGGCAUUUUCAAAUUAGCAGAUUAUUGCAAGGAUCUGUGCUCUGGCCUCAGCUCUCUGCAAUUUGAAUGACUAGAUGAAGGUGCCACAAGAUAAAGAGCCAAAUGGGACAGAAAGAUGCGAGCGUUCAAAGGGGCUAGGAUGGCCAAUGAAGUAGACUGUGAGGUUGUUCACUGGUGUAGGAAGAACAAAACAUCAGCAUUUUUUUUAAAUAGUGAGAAACUUUUAAAUGUUGUCAUUCAAGGCAAUUUGGUUCAUUGGAUUGACUCCUAGGCAUAAGACUGACUUAUGUUGAGGCUGAGUGGAAAGAACCUCUAAAUCGCUAGAGGUUAGAAGAACAGGAGAGGAGCUUAUUGAGACCAGAUUCUGAAGGGGCUUGAUCCGGUAGGUUCUGAGUACGUUCUCCAUGUUUGGAAGCUUUAGCAGUAUUACUGGAUAUAGUGUCAGGAAAAGACAUCAGCUAUUUAAGACUGAGAUGACGAUUUCUUCACCUAGAAGACUGUGAAUCUUUGGCAUGGUUGCCAACUGAGCAGCCCACUUGGGUGGAGACUGUUUAAGGCUGUGAUUGAUACAUGUUUGGAUACUCUAAGGUUAUGGGAAUUGAGGUCAAAGAUUGGCAACAAUAUUAUUGAAGUGGUUAUGGGUGGAGUAGAAGGCUGCUGCACGGGUUACUUUAUUUAUGCUCUUAAAAGGAAGACAUAAGGAUGUCUUACAUCCACAUUUCCUGUGCCUUUGAACAUAUCUCAAUCUCUCUACAUGCCAACCUCCUCUCCUCUAUGAUUAAACUAAAGUAACCUCCUGUAACUUUCUGUACCCUCUUCACCAAGGUCCUCAGCAUUACACAGGCAUCAUUUUCCAUCCACUAAAGAUUUUUAACCUGCUGCCACCAACCUUAUCACAUCUUGGUUUAAGCCUUUCGGCUCGGCAACAGUCAAGCUCGACUGACUCCAUUAAGAUGGUUCUUACAUACAUUCUCCUGCUCCCACCCUAACAUUAAAGACACAAUAAAUGUAUUGGACACUAGAUCAGUUAUCCAACGUAGUGUUGGCCCUCUGACAGGCUUGGCAGUUAACGAAGACCUUGCCUUGUGGGCUCAUUACUGUUUUCAUUCACGUUUGCAACACUCCAUCAACAGGCAACUGGCUAUCCCGCGGAUUAGUUACCAUUUACCUUUCAUGAGACAUUAAGUGGGCGACAAAUGGCAGGGACAAUGUGUAAACAAUAUCUCAGAGACAGAGUGGACAGCCAAGCCUCUGACCCAGCAGGCCAGUGCAAGUAAAUAUGCUGCCAUUUAUCUCUCCUGCACAAAAACAGAACAAUGAAAAUAGAACAGAGUGUGAAAUCAGGGAUGGUUCAGCACCGGGAAACAAUCCUAGCUUGUUGUCUCCAUGACAACCUGCUUUCAUAUCACUUUACUUUCAAUAUUUAAACCUGUAAUAUAAUGUGUAUGGCCAUUUCAGUAUUUAAAGCAUCUUCAAAGCAGUUGACCCAUUAUGUAUUAAUCCAGUUAGUUACCAUGACAACCACAGUAUUAGAUCAUUUUUAAGCUUUUUGAAGAAUUGACUCUUUCUUCUGUUUAACUGCAACCAAUAGAUUUUUAAAGUCUAAAUACUAGUAAUUUCAAGAUGACUCCCAGUCAGCACAGGUACUUGUACAAACUUCUGCAUUAAUUACCUCAGACUGCAUUGCUAUGGUUUACUCCAGAGAGUGCACCAUUGUUGUAAACCUCAGAUUAAGAGAAGGAGGUAACUUCUGGAGAACAGUUGAAGUUGAGCUUGGUAGGGGAACCAGGGUUCUGAAACAUCUAUUACUCUCAGGGCAGAAUCGGUUUUGAGCCCAAAUUCAAACUUGACCCUAAGUUUCGAAGAGACACGGAUGAAUUUUUGGAGCAAAGAAUCUGAAUCCUGAAAUGUUAGAUGUUCCAAAUCCUGCCCAAUUCCAGGUGGAUUGUGGUUUGAACAUGGGCCUAAAAUGGCCUACCGCAAACUCUGCACCUCCCACCCAACUCCUAACAGGACCAUUUACCUUGGUCAUUCCAUGUGAGUUCUGGCUGGAAUGGAGGUACACCUGGCCUCAGGGUCACACCUCUUCCAUCUGCUCCAAUCACUGUUUCCUGGGAUUGUCUGGCAGAUUCAGUGCCCAGGGCCAUUUAGUGCGAAUUGCCACCCCUGACACUGUUCCAUUGGAUUGACAGAGGUUCCUUCUUAGACUCCUCUCCUUCGACUUCAGCCUGAGAAGCUACUGAACUACCACUGAGCAUCUUCAAGGGGGUACUGCCCCUUUAACUGCUGUUAGAAAGAUGCUGCAAUGUUGGUCUCCCACUGGAGAAAGGAAUUUCACUGGCAGCGUGCUCUGUGUAACUAGUAAUCCAGGGAAAUCAGGCAAGGUGGAGUCAGAGGGCUGAACAGAAAUCCUCUCACAUGACGACACUACUCCAAAUGGUCUGGUUUAUUUAAAAGAUUAUAUUUUACCCUCCUUUUAAUCAAAUUAUCACUGAAUUUUCAUUAACUGUGGAACAAACAAUUGAAUUUAAGAGUUGGCCCAGUCCUAGAACAGUUAUAAGAUGGCAGUGUUGCAUUCUACAUGGCCUGUAUUCAAGGAGAACUCCAGCCUCGCUUAUGUCUAACAAUGGUUAUGUGUUGGAGGCUUUUUAAAACAAGAAUCAGACUGACUUUGCUCGUCCUUCCUACCGUGCCCCAUGAUUUAAUAAUUUAAUACCAAGUUGCAUCAGAGCUUGGUAUUAAUGGUCUGAAUCCAGGGAAAUCGAGUCAACAGGCACUGCAAGAAGUAGCAGGACUCUCAUCGAAUGAAACUAAACAUCUCACAUUUAGCAGCAAAUCAGUUCUAAUAAUAAAUUAAAGGUGCUAUUAAGAAUAUAUGAAUAAAUUUGUCAGGGCAUUUGUGUUUUAUUCACAUUGAUACUGUAUACGCUUGGUUUUCUAGCAAAACUGUUAUAUUCCUGUGUACAUGGUUACACCAUAAUAAAAGAAUUCUGAACUCA